CUAGGCACGUGCCUGUCAGUGACUUUCCAGGCUCCUGAUUGGAUGGUGAUCACAAGGCGCCAGAGAACCCUCUGGAAGCCACUUCUUCCGCUGCCUGACUAGAAAUUGGUCGAGGCAGAGGACGAGGUGUGAUCCUGAACAAACUGCCUGAAGGAGGCAGAGACAUGGAUGGAACCAGGCCUCGUACUGGCCGUGACACGGCGCCUAGGCCGCGUGAGGGAAGAACCAGGUUCUUGCUUGUUUCCAGAGUUCAUGUCUUCUACCAGGGGAGAUUACAGUUGGAGGUAGAGAAUGUGCAGCCUGUUACACUUGUGGAAGGUGAUGCAGAAUUAACAGCUCCACAGGGAGAAGUGGCAAGUGCCUCUGCUUAUAAUGUUUCCAUUAAUAUGUCCACCCCGGAUUUUGGUGCUGAUGCAACUGGCCCGGUGCCUGAGAUCAGUGGGCCGAGUGUAACUCCUGUUAUGGAAGAAGCUGGACCCUCUCAGGCGAAUGAAUACAGCCAUAUGAGCCAGGAGAGCGGCUCUUCAGAAUCAUAUAGGAGAGUUUCAUUUGGCUGCGUUGAUGCUCUGUUGGGUGCUGCUAACUGUGUUAACCACACAUGUUACUUUUCUCUGGACUUGAUUUGUAGAGAUUUUGAGCCUUAUGCUGGAGAUUGUGUGGAAGUUCUGUUUGCUGUCGACCCAGAAACACAGAGCAGAAAUGCUGUCUCAGUGAGACCUCGGAUGCACAAGCAGGCGCAUGGAGUGCACAUUACUAGUGUGGAUGGGAGAACUGGGGUGAUAGAUAACUCCAUCUUCUUCACCUUGGAUUCUCUGAAACUUCCUCAGGGAUACGUGCCCCAAGUCCAUGAUCUGGUCAAUGUUGUGGUAGUGGAAAGCUUUCAGUCAUGCUAUGUUUGGAGAGCAAUUUAUAUCACCCCUGUGUUAAUGAUGUGAAAGCACGAUAUGCUUAUUCUGCAUGUGUUCUCUCAUCUAUGGGUAAUUCAGGGCCCAGAGCAAACACAUUUUGAAAAAAAAAAGUUAUUUAACUGCAGUAAUUGGUUUGUAUGCAAUUUUGCAAAUGCUGGA